AACAACCGCAAAAAUGGGUGCCGUCGUCUCUUGCUUCCAAACUAUCCUCGGCACGAUCGGCAAUGUCAUCAUGACAAUUGUGCGAGCCAUCGGCGCCGUCAUCAUGGCCAUCGUCAACGGCAUCGUCGCCCUCUUCGACAUCAUCAUCUCGUGCCUCACCUGCGGCAAGGCGGGCGGCAGGAGAAACAGGAUGAAAACGUCCCAUCACACCAGUAGGGUCUAGUCCGAGCUAGACACUGGUGCGUGGGCGCUUUGAGCUAGCAGCGUUGUUGACAAGAAGCUCAAGAGCAUCACACGGUCAUCGCCAUCUAAAGAACCCCGACGCUGCUGCCGACUACGAGAACGACCAACGACUUCACGGUCCGAUCAUUCAUGCACUUUCUUCACGCCGGCGACAGCGACAACGAUUAUGGCUACGACUUCGACCUUCUGCUUGACAAUCGACGACCGGCAAUUUGCUACUCGCUGCACCUCCUUUCGAUUGACUCUCUAUACCCUUUUCCUUUUCUUGGCUUCUCUGCCACUUGCAUUCUCAGACAGGCUUGAUGGGGGCCGGACGGGCGGCUUAUCAGCGUGGACGGGAUUGUCACGGACGAAGCGAUAGAUACCU